CAAAUCCCAUUUUUCAUGGGCACAAGAGACCCACAUUUACACUAUCAACAAUUAAAAACAGAAAAAAACUACAUACCUCUUCCCUCUUUCUCUGUCCGACCGUUAAAAUUUAGUUUCCUUAUCUAAAAGUCAGUUUCUCCGUCUAACACAGGUCUCUUCUCUCAUCUCAUCCAUGGAGACCAUUCAAUCAUCAAGCUUCCCAAUUUUCCGCACCAACCCAGUUUUCCUCACCCCCAGGCCUCUCAGACCCUCCAAGGUUUCCAUCAAACCUCCACCGCCGGACUUUGAUUUCAGGUCAGAAAUUUCGGUGGACUCAAGAGCCAUAAUAGCCAGAACUCACCCUGAACUGCUUGAUUUGGCUGAGAAUGGGAGCUUGUUCUUGAUCGAGAAGAGCCAGUUCGGUCCCGUCCCAGCAUGGAGGGCAGAGUUCGUCGAGCCGGAGGCCAUCUGGUUGGUCGGAACCAAUCAUAUUUCUCAAGACUCUGCAGUGGAGGUCGAACGCGUGGUCCGGGCAGUGAAGCCGGAUAAUGUGGUGGUGGAGCUAUGUAGAAGCAGAGCUGGGAUUAUGUAUGCUGAUGCCUCCAUGGAUGGUGAGGCAGGAGGCCAACAAUUAAGGUCUAAUAUGUUCUCUCUGAGUGGAACUGGGUUUUUCGGGGCCGUAGGUCGAAGCAUAAACUUGGGGGGUCAAACUGCUCUAGCGUUACGAGUACUGUUGGCUGUUUUCUCAUCAAAGAUUUCAUCCGACACCAAUCGUCCUUUCGGUGAUGAGUUUCGAUCUGCUCGAAAAGCCUCUGAAGAAGUUGGUGCUCAAAUUGUGUUGGGGGAUCGUCCAAUUGAAAUUACCGUAUGCGCAAAUCGAAACCCUACUCUUGAAAGGGCUUGGAAUUCUCUGACUUGGAGUGAGAAACUGAGCUUAGUGAGCUCUGUUGUUCGUGGGAUAACAUCACAGUCCGAUAUGUCGAAGAAGAAUCUCAAUGAUGAAUUAGACAGGGAAUCAAGUACAAGUGAUAGCACAUUUCAGCUUUAUAAGCAGCUAAGUUCUUCAUAUCCUUCACUCCUACAACCUCUUAUACAUGAGCGAGACACUUACCUUGCAUGGUCUUUAAAGAGGAGCAAAGCUGUGAAUAAGAGUAAGAGAGUAGUUGGGGUUAUUGGAAAGGGACACAUGAAUGGUGUGAUUUAUGCCUUACUGGCUGACCUGGGAGACCUAAGGUUUAGGGACCUUGUAGGACAGAGGCCUACAGGUACUACUGAUGCUUCUUCUAAUGGUUGGAUUGUGAAGUUGGUCCAGGACUUGAUUAGAGAUACUGUUAUUGCCGCCCUCCUGUGGGCAUUGUAUGAGCAGUUCAUAAAAGGUGGGUUAGAGUGUCCAUUUUGAUUUGAAAUCCCAAAUGGCUGAAAAAGAAAAAAUUUGAUCUUUGUUUUGUAUAUAGAUUUGGAAUCUGCUCGGCUCCUUUCUAUUUAAGGACUCAUUCUUCCUUA